AUGGGUCACGCCGCAGGUUUACGUGCCGGCACUCGGUAUGCCUUCUCCCGGAACUUCCGGCAGAAGGGUAUGAUCCACAUGUCCACCUACCUGCAACAGUACAAGGUUGGUGACAUCGUGGACAUCAAGGCCAACGGUGCUGUUCAGAAGGGUAUGCCGCACAAGGUCUACCACGGCAAGACUGGUGUCAUCUACAACGUUACCAAGAGCGCCGUCGGUGUCAUCAUCUACAAGAAGGUCGGCAACCGAUACCUCGAGAAGCGCGUCAACAUCCGCCUGGAACACAUCAACCUGUCGCGAUCGAGAGAGGACUUCAUCAAGCGCGUCAAGCACAACGCAGCCGCCAAGAAGCAGGCCAAGUCCGACGGCACCGUCGUCCAGGUUAAGAGACUAGCCACCCAGCCCCGCGAGGCGAGAACGGUUUCGCUGAAGGACAACCACCCGGAGACGGUGGUUCCGCUUGCGUACGAGACCACUAUCUAA